UUAUAGUUGAAUCCGCGAAAAGCGAGCGUUCUCGUUGCUCACCAGACAGGCGGUGAAAAUCAACAUCCAACCAUAUGAGUCGCGAAGAAGAAGAAGUAGAAGGAGAAGAUGAGAGAAAAGAAGCGGCAAUAGCUUCAACCCCAUCUUUGCAACCCGGUUUCAAGCCCACCCGUGUCUCCCAAGAGCAGGUCUUCAAGCUCCAAGAGCUACACAAGAGACGGUUGAAGAUAAAAUCAAAGCUUCAAAAGAACUCUGAAGAUGGCAGUGGCACUAGCAGAUCUCAUGGCAAAGGCCUCAAACAUAGUGAUGGUAAAGAUACAGCUAGAAAAAUUGAGGACCGGAGUGUUGCCAACUUGAAAAAACACCUUGACAUUGUUAAUUCCCCACAACAACUUGACAAUUUAGCAGUAGAUAAAGCACCAAAGAAGCGCCAGAAAUUGCACUGGGGUUUUAUUUUUGCAGGCUUGACACGAAGGAAAGGUGGGAAAGGAAAGCCAACAUGUAAAAUCACCACGCAUAUGAACAUUGUGCUUUCUCGACUUCCAAAUUUUGCUCGGGAUUGCAGGCAGAAAAAUUGUGGAAGAAGAUUUAUGUUGGAUUUGCUUUACAUGUUGAAAUAACACGUGCAUAUAAAACUAAGAACUGCCAAAAAAGCGAUGAGGGAUAUCUGCUAUCAUACGGAGAUAAACGAUCAUUUGUAUUUCAACAGUGGUAGGGUGAUGAAAUGGUGAUAUAUCUCUAUCGGAAGAGAACAGAAAAUAGAAUGAUUUAGAUGUAAUGCUCCUAUUAUGGCAACGAUUUAUCCAAUUGCUUGUGUUUUCGUCUUCAAAAACAAUAAUUCUAGAAUUUGAACGAAAUUUUGCGGGCA